GCCGGGCCGGGAACCGAAACCGAAAGGGAGCUCGCAGCCAUCUUGCAGCCGGUCAGGGCCCGGUUUGGGGUUACCGGAGCAAGGAGCUGGGAACGGGACCCCCCGAGCUCCGCGCACGGAGCCGGGACAGGGGCCGGUGCUGCCGGAGCCCGUGCGUGAGCUGUGGGAACGUGAGUGCUCCGGGUGCCAGCUCCGGACAGGACCCAGAGCGAACCCGAGCAUCCCUCACCCUGGCGCCGCCGGGGCCGCCCGCCCGCCCCAGCCCUGCGCUAUGAGCAGAGGCUCCUGCGCCAGGCGGAACUGGCCCAGAGCUCCCCACGGAUCCUUCAGCCACCCCCGGAGCCCAGGAAGGAGCUCGGGGCCGUUCCGGCAGCAGCAGCUCCCGGUGGAGCAGAGCCCGGAGCUCCGUUCCCUGCCGGGCUCCUGGGAUCAGCGAGCAGCGGCACCGGUACCCGCAGAGCGAUGGCACAACCGGGCUCCCAGUGAGCAUCCCUGGGCAAAGCCCUCCCCGCGGUGCUGCCCUCGGUACCAGCAGCAGGGCUCGGACAGCGUCAGGCUCCAUUUCCAGAGGCUCUCCCUUGCCGGGCAGGACUGUGAACGGGACAUCCUGAGCGUGCUGGGGCAGCUCGGGGAGGGGGAGACCCGCACGGUCCAUGAGCUGGCGCGGAGGCUUCACCUGCACAAGAAAGAGGUCAACCGUGUUCUCUAUAAGCUCUUCAGAGAGGGGAAGCUGCACAAGGGGGGGGAGACGCCGCCUCUGUGGAGCAUCCCCAGCACCGGCAGGCAGAGGAGCCCCUCGGAGCACAGCACUGGUCACCCCACUCCAGCUGCGGGAGCCGCUGAGCCCAGCAUGGCCGAGACCAAGGACAAGAUCUGUAACUACUUGUUCAGCGUGGCAGAGAGCACAGCCCUCAACCUGGCCAAGAACAUUGGCUUCUCCAGGGCCAAGGACGUCAAUGCCUUCCUGAGCGCCCUGGAGAAGCUGGGGGAUGUCCACAAGCAGAACACGAGCCCCCCACGGUGGUCCCUGACGGGCAGGAAGCGUGAGCGCAUGCAGCUGAGGAUGAAGGCAGGGGGGCAAGGGGCAGAUCCCAAUGCUGAGCAGGGGGCUCCAGCUUCCUGUGCUCCUGUGGGACCCCAGGAGCUGACAGUGGCUUCACCAGCAGCGAGCACAGCAGGAGAAGGGGCAGAGAAUGGGGAGCAGCCCUUGGGGGGCAGUGACACGGAGGCAGCUGUGCCUCCGGACACAGAGCCCCACUUCUCCGGCUUGAGUCACUAUGAUAACUCAGAGCAUGGGAAGUGGGCCACGGAUGAUAUCCCGGAUAACCUGAACUCCAUUCACAAGCAGGCUGAGGAGGCAGGAGCCAUCAUGGGUUCCCCAGCUUCCCCCAGUUACAGCGCCCAGUUUGAAGCUGCUUUACCCUGUACACCCGUGGAGAAGCUGCUGGCUUGUCAGGAGAAGAACCCAGUGAGUGGCCUUACUGAGUACUCCCAGUACACCUACCAGCACUGUGAGUUUGCCAUGCUGGAGCAGAGUGGACCCUCUCACGAGCCACGGUUUAAGUUCCAGGCAGUGAUCAAUGGACGUCGCUUCCCACCAGCAGAAGCAGGGAGCAAGAAGCUGGCAAAGCAGGAGGCAGCAGCCAAUGCUAUGAAGGUCCUGAUGAGUGAAGCAGAGAAUGGAAGGCAGGGGGGGGUUAAAUGUGAAGAGCCCUCUCCCCGUGAGAGCUCCGAACCUCUGCCUCUGCCCCCGGAGCCAGAGCCCUCGCCUGCAGCAGCUCCGCUCAGCCUGCUCCCUGGGAAGCAUCCCAUCAGCAUCCUGAUGGAGUACGGGCAGAAAUCAGGGAACACCAUUGAAUUCCAGCUGCUCUCUCAGGAAGGGCCUCCUCAUGAUCCCAGGUUCAGCUACUGUGUGAAAAUGGGUGACCAAAUUUUCCCUGCUGUGGUAGGAAACAGCAAGAAGGGAGCAAAGCAAAUGGCAGCAGAAGUUGCUGUGAAGAUUCUUUCUGGAGAGUCUGUCCCCCAUGUCUUACCUGAACAGGCUGUGGUGAAGCCCCAGGGUGAGCAGCCCGUGCCCAGCUCUGCACCAUGGGUUCCCACACCGGAUGAAUCCAAGGUGGCAAAAGCAAAGGGUGUUGGGGAGCUCAUCAAGUACCUGAACGUCAACCCUGUGAGUGGUCUGCUGGAAUACGCUCGUUCCAACGGCUUCGCUGCAGAGUUCAAGCUCAUUGACCAGUCAGGACCUCCCCAUGACCCCAAGUUUGUGUAUCAGGCAAAGGUUGGAGGCCGCUGGUUCCCAGCUGUAACUGCUCACAGCAAAAAGCAGGGCAAGCAGGAGGCAGCGGAUGCAGCCCUCAGGGUCCUCAUUGGCGAGACCGAGAAGAUGGAGCGCAUGGAAGGGAUGAGCAUCCCGGAGCUCCCGGUGAGCGGCAGCACCCUCCAUGACCAGCUGGCUAUGCUGAGCCACCAGCGCUUCAACAGCCUCACUGCGCGCAUCCAGCACAGCCUGCUGGGCAGGAAGAUCCUGGCUGCCAUCAUCAUGCGGAAGGGCAGCAAGGGCCUGGGAGUGGUGGUCAGCAUCGGGACAGGUAACCGGUGCGUGAAGGGCGAGGAGCUGAGCCUAAAGGGGGAGACAGUGAACGACUGCCAUGCAGAGAUCAUCUCCCGAAGAGGCUUUGUGAGGUUUCUCUACAGUGAGCUGAUGAAGUACAACCCCUCUGACCCUUCCUCUGCAGAAGAGAGCAUCUUUGAGCCAGCAGGAGGGCAGAGGCUCAAGGUCAAGCGCGGUGUCACCUUCCACCUGUACAUCAGCACAGCACCGUGUGGAGAUGGGGCUCUCUUUGAUAAGUCCUGCAGUGAUCAGGCGAGCGUGGUGGGGCAGGCACAGCAUCAGCCCCUCUUUGAGAACCCCAAGCAGGGCAAGCUGCGGACCAAGGUGGAGAAUGGGGAAGGGACCAUUCCCGUGGAGUCCAGUGACAUUGUGCCCACAUGGGAUGGGAUCCAGCAUGGGGAGCGCUUACGCACCAUGUCCUGCAGCGACAAGAUCCUGCGCUGGAACGUGCUGGGCUUGCAGGGAGCUUUGCUCUCACACUUCCUGGAGCCAGUUUAUCUCAGCUCUGUUACACUUGGUUACUUGUACAGUCAGGGUCACUUAACACGAGCCAUCUGCUGCCGUGUGGCCAGAGAUGGGAGCACACUGCAGGGCAAGCUCCGGGCUCCCUAUCACAUCAACCAUCCCGAGGUCGGGCGGGUGAGUGUCUAUGACUCAGCGCGGCAGACAGGCAAGACCAAGGAGUCCUCAGUGAACUGGUGCCUGGCUGAUGAGAGCCAAGUGGAGGUCCUGGAUGGCACCAAGGGGAAGGUGGAUGGCCCCAAGCUGGAGGUGUCUCGUGUGUCCAAGAGGGAAGUGUUCACCCUGUUCCAGCAGCUCUGUGCCAGGAGCAACCGCCGGGACCUGCAGAGCCUCUCGGUGUACUCGGAUGCGAAGGAGGCAGCCAGGGGGUACCAGGAGGCCAAGCAGAGCUUCUUCAGCACCCUGCAGGAGCUGGGCUAUGGCAGCUGGAUCCGCAAGCCCCAGGAGGAGGAGAACUUCUCCUUCCCUGGGGCAUAGAGCUGCCCUUGGGGGGGUAUGGAGGGAGUGUGCUCAGGCCCUGCAUGGCUCUCAGCAUCCUUCCACCAGCACCUCUGGAGGUGAAGCAGGAGUGUGCAGCAGGGUCCCCCAUGGGCCUGGCUGCUUCCUCCCUUGCACCUCAGCUCCUGGCCCUGUUUAAUACAUGCAUGGGAGUUGCUGUCUUUUUUUAAGCCAGGGCAGGUUUGGUCCCUGUUUGCUUUUAUGGUUCCAUUUCCUGUUGACUUUUGUAUUAGCAGAAGGCACAAGAAGCCAGAGGGGUGGGGUGAGCUCACACCCUUGGGUCUGGGCCCCACAGAGCUGCUUUGGGGGCAAAUCUUCUCUUUUAAGGAGUCAAACAACAGCUGAGAGGCUGGUUUGGGGGUGUCUGGGGGGCAGCUCUGCAGGGCUCCCCCUGCCCCUGCUGACAUUCCUCAG